AUGUAUCGACUUAAUGAACGCCAAUGGUCUGAGAUGGAAAAGACGCUAGAGCCCCAUUCGAAAGGUUCACAAGGCAAAGUGUAUAAAGCAAAGUUAUUACGGAUGGACGUUGCAGUCAAACGGUAUAAUAACCCCGAGGAAUUUGUGAAGGAGUUGAUAUGUUUGAACAACUGUACGUCCGAGUAUAUUGUUUCUGUGUGUGGAAUGACUCCAACAGCAGACGCCAUCUUUUUAGAUUGGUAUCCUUCAGACCUUGAAAAUUACGUACUAACAAACUCCCCUCGUGUCCCUGAAUCUGUUCAGUUAAUGAAAGAUCUAUGUCAUGCUGUACAAUACGUCCAUCGAGUCGGGUACAUUCAUUUAGAUAUUCGCCCCAAAAACGUGUUGGUCAAGAUGGGACAUUGCGUGUUGUGCGACUUUGGGUUGGCAAUACGAGACCAAGAACCUUACGAUCAUACGAGAGGCGUGGACACUUGGGUGGCGCCCGAAAUCGUGUUUGGAAGAGUCGUUUCGACUAAAACGGAUGUCUACUCUUUGGGUCUCGUUAUUUGGUUCACUUUGGAGUCGCAAGGAAGUGCCCCCUUUAUAGCAACUACGACAGUCCCAAUGAUCAAAGCAGCGAUGCAAACAAAGGAAAGACCAAGGUGGAAUUUCUCAAACAAAGGCCCUUAUCUCGACGUCUGUAAACAAAUUGCUGACGUCACCAAAAAGUGUUGGGCCGAAGAACAAGAGAAGCGGCCAGCAGCUGCAGUGGUAGCUGCUAAAUUUGACGAUUGGGUAAAAGAGGUGAAGUAA